UAAGUAAAUAGAGACCUUGUUUAACAAUAAAACCGUUAACCGUUAAACCCCAACAUACCCGGAUAAUGGUCUCACCGGGCGCCUCGUGAUGACGUUUAAUGUUGAGCGGGUAUUCGAUGCAGUGAAACAGUUGGGAUGAAGUUGGACUUCCUGUGAUCCUCUGAGACUUUCUGUUCCUCAAGUUUCUACAGAGACAGACCGCCAUGAGACUCUAAACAACAACAAGACUCUCUGUCUCGGAUAACUCUCGUUGGGACUCGGUGAGACUCGGAUAACUCUCGGUGGGACUCGGUGAGACUCGGAUAACUCUCGGUGAGACUCGGAUAACUCUCGUUGGGACUCGGUGAGACUCGGAUAACUCUCGGUGAGACUCGGAUAACUCUCGUUGGGACUCGGUGAGACUCGGAUAACUCUCGGUGAGACUCGGAUAACUCUCGUUGGGACUCGGUGAGACUCGGAUAACUCUCUCUGUGACUCGUUGGGACUCUGAUAACUCUCUCUGUGACUCGUUGGGACUCUGAUAACUCUCUCUGUGACUCGUUGGGACUCUGAUAACUCUCUCUGUGACUCGGUGAGACUCUGAUAACUCUCGGUGAGACUCUGAUAACUCUCUCUGUGACUCGUUGGGACUCUGAUAACUCUCUCUGUGACUCGUUGGGACUCUGAUAACUCUCUCUGUGACUCGGUGAGACUCUGAUAACUCUCGGUGAGACUCUGAUAACUCUCGCUGUGACUCGUUGGGACUCUGAUAACUCUCUCUGUGACUCGUUGGGACUCUGAUAACUCUCUCUGUGACUCGUUGGGACUCUGAUAACUCUCUCUGUGACUCGUUGGGACUCUGAUAACUCUCUCUGUGACUCGGUGAGACUCUGAUAACUCUCGGUGAGACUCUGAUAACUCUCGCUGUGACUCGUUGGGACUCUGAUAACUCUCUCUGUGACUCGUUGGGACUCUGAUAACUCUCUCUGUGACUCGGUGAGACUCUGAUAACUCUCGGUGAGACUCUGAUAACUCUCGCUGUGACUCGUUGGGACUCUGAUAACUCUCUCUGUGACUCGUUGGGACUCUGAUAACUCUCUCUGUGACUCGUUGGGACUCUGAUAACUCUCUCUGUGACUCGGUGAGACUCUGAUAACUCUCGGUGAGACUCUGAUAACUCUCUCUGUGACUCGUUGGGACUCUGAUAACUCUCUCUGUGACUCGUUGGGACUCUGAUAACUCUCUCUGUGACUCGGUGAGACUCUGAUAACUCUCGGUGAGACUCUGAUAACUCUCGCUGUGACUCGUUGGGACUCUGAUAACUCUCUCUGUGACUCGUUGGACUCUGAUAACUCUCUCUGUGACUCGUUGGGACUCUGAUAACUCUCUCUGUGACUCGGUGAGACUCUGAUAACUCUCGGUGAGACUCUGAUAACUCUCGCUGUGACUCGUUGGGACUCUGAUAACUCUCUCUGUGACUCGUUGGGACUCUGAUAACUCUCUCUGUGACUCGUUGGGACUCUGAUAACUCUCGCUGUGACUCGUUGGGACUCUGAUAACUCUCUCUGUGACUCGUUGGGACUCUGAUAACACUCGGUGGGACUCAGCAUGUCCUCGGCGGGGAGAUGGACAUGGAGCAGCUGGAGCUGAACCCGAGAAUCAGAGCAGCCGUGAGGAGAGCUAAGUUGCGGUCUGUCAGGGACGUGUUGUCUUGCGGUCAGGACCUGCACACGCUCGGUCUGUCUCGCUCUGAUGUCCAGCAGCUGCUCAGAGCCGCCGCCAACGCCUGCAGACGACAUCGUCCAAUCACAGCCCUCCUGCUCCAUGAUGACCCCUCCUCUCUCAGACUCAGUGUGGGGUGUGCGGUCCUCGAUGAGCUGUUGAGGGGCGGUCUUCCUGUGGGGGGCGUCACUGAGCUGUCAGGAGAGAGCGGAGCGGGGAAGACUCAGCUGGCUCUGCAGCUCUGCCUGUCAGUACAGUACCCUGUCCAGCAGGGGGGGCUGGACUCAGGAGCCGUGUUUAUCUGCACCGAGGACUCGUUUCCAAGUCGUCGCCUGCAGCAGCUGAUCAGAGAGCAGUCGAGUCUGCGCUCAGACGUCCCCGAGUCUCUGAUCAACUCCAUCGAGUUCAGCAACAACGUGUACAUCGAGCACGCCGCCGACCUGGACUCUCUCCAGGAGUGUGUGACUCACCGGGUGCCCCUCCUGCUGACUCGGGGUCUGGUUCGCCUCGUGAUCGUAGACUCUGUGGCGGCUCUGUUCAGGUGUGAGUUCCAGCCAUCUGAUUGGCUGGAGAGGAACAAACAGCUGAUCAGCUUCUCCUCCAAACUUCAUCAGCUGAGCCAGGAGCACAACACACCUGUGCUGUGUGUCAACCAGCCCUCUGUCCUCCAGCGUGUCUCCAGCUCUCGGUCUGGCCUGGGCCAAUCAGGUGAUGGUUCGAUUGAUGCUGCGGCGUCUCCAGGGGAGCGUUUCUCAGGGCGAUCAGCACAGCGCCCUCCGCAGGCUGGAGGUGGUGUUUGCUCCUCACCUGGCCCGAGACGGACGAGACGCAGCGGUCUGGAGAGAAGGGGUCCGAGGGGUCCAGACUUAAGACAAAUGUCUCUCCAGAUGACGCCUGUGUCUAUAUUUUUUUUAACUUGUACAUAAUAAAGAAACGAUAUUAAAGUUUGACUUUUGAUAAAAAAUGUCUCUGAACACGA